UGAGCGUUCAUCUGUCAAUCUGAAGCAUUGACUUAACUUGGAAUACUAGUUGUAAUUUCUUUACAUUUUCUAUCUGUAGGUACCUUCAAAUGAAGCUAUACGAUACCUACAAACAUGACAACCUUGCUCCAUUCGUUGCUUGUCUAUUUUCUCUUUAAAUCCAUGUUUAUGACUUCGAAAGCUGAUAAGGAAACUAUUAUUGAAGUGCCGAAUAAGAAUUCACAAGGUAAAUGGAUAUGGUCUUGGACCAGUCAGUGGACUAAGAAAGAUGGAGGUGGUAAAGUGUUUUAUCAAGUAUGUGAUGUAAGCUCAGWCAAUGAACCAAACAAGUGGAUAAGAAGCAAUGUGUUCCGAGUUGGUGAUGCAAAAAGAAUUGAUGUUACUGUUCAAUAUGCAGUCUCUAAAUGUUCUAGUGUGCCUUCUCUACAAUACUGCAAGGAAACAUUAAACCUUUAUGUUUAUAAGACUGCAAUACAGCAUACAAUAAGCAAUUUAGUCCCAGAACCUUGGAAAAAACCUAACUUCUAUCAUAUAUUCGGAACCACGUCUCCAACAAACCGGAGCACAGGUAUUCUGUCUCGAAAUUUUGCAAAUACCGAGAAGCACUCAUUUCUUACAAAUCCUUCAACACCAUACCAUUACUUCGCUAUACAAUAUCGUGGAGGGUGUUUUGAGUUAUACAGUGUUACCAUUAGUUACUCGGUCUGUCCAUCGUUAGCUCUUCCUACUGGUCUCGUCCAAUUACCUCGAACUAUAGCCCCAGCUAACGGCACAAUAAAAGUAUCUGGAAAAUGUCCGGAGAAUGCACAGCCAUUGGCUAACAAUGCUACCUUAUAUGGACACUGUCAAGCUAACGGUCAAUGGAGAAGUGAUGUAGGUAGUACCAGGUGCUGGUGCAGAGCUAGUUAUGGAAAUUAUUUGAAUGGACCUGGUGCAGUGUGUAAAGAUUGUCCAAUUGGUACAUACCAAAAUUCUCCAAGUGGUAGUGCAUGUAAACCGUGUCCACUUAACAGCGUACAAGAUGUGGAUAGAAAAAAGUGCAAUUGCAAGCCAUUAUUUUACAGAACUGACAUUGAAUCAGCAUUUGACAAUUGUACCGGGCAGCCAUCGGAACCACAGUCGAUUAUGGCCAUCUCCAAAAAUGCAACAUUCAUAACACUGCAAUGGUCAACGCCUUCAAAACUUGGUGGACGAUCAGACACAUACUAUAACGUUCGAUGUAAGAAAUGCAACAAUGAAGGCAAGAAUUGCACUGCGGAAUGCACCGGUGCUUUUAUUUUCCAUGCUCCAACGAGUAGUAUGAAGGCAACGGUACAUCAUCUUUCUGCCUAUACAUAUUACCUGUUCGAAGUAUUUGCUAAGAAUGGAGUCUCUCCUCAAGCAGACAAAAAAGGCGAUAAUCCAAAGUAUUCAGUGCUUUUAAGUAGAACUGGCGAAUCAACACCAGGUCCUGCUGUAGUAACAACGGUCAAAAUACUGAACGCUACAACGGUGUUUCUAAGUUGGACCGUCCCGGAACCAAAUGGUGCUAUAACAUACUAUGAAGUAAUCUACUAUCCCGUCGGUCAAGAAACAGAGAAGGAGACAAAGAACACAAC